AACUCGAAGAAUUUUUUUUAUACAAUUGAUGUACUUUUCCAACACUAGGCAUUCGACUCGCAAAGAAUCCUUUUACUUCCAUGGAAACUGAACAACAGAAGCAAGAUAGUACAGUAGAUAGUACAGUAGAGUGGGAGCACAAAGUUGAAACUUGUUAUGAAAAAAUAAUAAAAGAGACAAUUGUAACCGGGAAGGAGACUCAAGUGUCACUGGAUAAAUUUCCUUAUUAUUUAAGUGACAAGACAAAGAGUGAACUAAUCUUAUCCACAUACGAAAAUUUGAAAUGGAACCAAUUGCUCAAAACUACUACAAGGCUUCCUUCAUGCCUCACACUGUUCUUGUCUGGCCCUGCAGGUUCUGAGAUAUAUCAAGAAAUGCUAGUGAAGGGGUUGGCCAAUCAUUUUGAUGCAAAAUCUCUCAUGUAUGAAAAUGAUGCAAUGCCUCGGGUAAAGCGGACGGAUGGUAAAAGUAAUUUUGAUAUAUCGCAAGGUAAAGGUGGCAGAGAACUGUAA